CCGAAAACGAUUCACUGCAAUGUUCCGAGGCAGGAUUACAACCUAAGCAGGCUGAGGUGGUGUUCUCGUGAUCGAAUUUCCAUGGUCAUUAUUGGGUCAAAAGGCCUCUGUGCCCGUGCUUGCCUGGUUCCUCACGAGUACGCUCCCUUACAAUAUCUCGCUCAACUUACGUUCAGUAUGCGUCUUACUAUCGUGGCUGGUGCGCUUGUGGCCAGCGUUGUUGCACACCCUCAGGGAGGCUCGUUGCUCGGUCUGCCACUAAACAUCGCAGCACUGCUCAAGUCUCUUGGACCAGCACCUGCAGAUGAUCCCAGGUUCACGGACUUCAAGCCUGCCGGCUCGGGUGAUGUCCGCUCCCCUUGCCCUGCUCUCAACAGUCUUGCAAACCACGGCUUCAUCCCCCACAACGGCAAAGGCAACACCAUUCCCAUUCUGCUGAAGGGGCUAGCAGAAGGUCUCAAUGUGGGCGCCGACUUCACCACCGCAAUCGGUGGUGCGGGUCUGCUCGCCUCCCCCAACUCCCUCGGCGGCUCAUUUGACCUGGACGACCUGAACAUGCACAACUUCCCCAUCGAGCACGACGCCUCGAUCUCGCGCCAGGACGCCGCGCUCGGCAACCUGCAACCCUUUUACGACCCCAACUGGCAGCAGUACAUCCGCUUCUUCGACGGCAAAACAGUAACCGACGUGCCCACUGCCAGCAAAGCGAAGUUCGCGCGGUACAACGAUAGUCUGGCGAAGAACCCAGACUUCACAUACGGCGUCCGUGAAGCCGUCUUGUCGUACGGCGAGAAUGCACUUUACCUUCAAACAAUGGGUGAUCCUGUUAAUGGCAAUGCGAAGAUCGAGUACGUCCGGAGCAUGUUUGAGAAAGAGCAGUUACCGUAUAAUUUAGGCUGGAGACCGAGCAAGGCACCGAUUACGUUGAAUACCUUGGGCGCUAUGGUUGCGCAGUUGUUUGGGAAUAGCCCUGAGCCGGUUCCUGAGGGCGCGAGGAUUGUGGCGGAUAGUUACAAGGAUGCGCUGGUUGCGAUUGUAGGUGGUAGUAAGAGCCUUGCCAAUUUGACGGGGGGUAUCAGCGAGGUAUUGGGGUUGUAGGAAGCGUUUGGUGAUACGGGAGUGGAAACAUCUUUAGCGCAACGAAUUUUACGUCAUGAGAUGGUCUCUGUCAACCAGUGAGCUGAAAUAACAUGAAAGCGA